AUGAACGCAACAUUUGGGCGCCUUUUCCCUGCCAACUUUUCUCUUUGGGAACAUCUCCAUAACAACUGGACCACUCAUAAUUUGGUCUAUUUUUCCAUCGACUUUCUUUUCGCGGGACACGAUCCGGACACCAUAGUGCUAAUGGUGAUGUAUGUCAUUUCUUUUAUCACUGGACUGGUCGGGAAUAUUAAGGCUCUGUCGGUCCUCACGCGCAGGAGAAACCGCUUAUCUGGAGCGUCAGCGACCCGGAGACUGCUCAUCAACCUGGCGGUGUGUGACAUGAUGGUGGUGUGUGUGUGCAUGCCAGUUACUUUAGGACAUCAGGUGUAUAACGCCUGGGUGUUCGGAGACUUUCUGUGUCGAGCUGUGCCAUUCGUUCAGGCUGUGUCAGUCUCUGCCAGUGUAUUAAGUCUGGCCGCGAUCAGUUUGAACCGAUAUUACAGUGUCCACAGUCCCUUGCACGCCAGAUAUUUCUUUACGGGCAGGAAAAUUCUCUGUAUGAUAUCUGUGGUGUGGAUCGUGUCUUCUGUAUUGUGUUUGCCAUUGUUUUUAAUGAACACAACCAAAACGCUCUCCUUACUAGACGGAUUGCAUACGGUGACCGUGUGCGUGGAAAACUGGUCCAAAGUGAAACUGCGCCAAGGUUACAACUUUUUACUCUUCGGCUCGUUGUAUGUAUUCCCUGUAAUCUUUAAUCUGGUCAUUUGUUUUUUGACUAGCUUGAAAUUGAGUAGAGGAAACACGUCAACCGAGGCUAACCACCUCUCCAUGACCAGUUCAGAGUCGCGAUUAAAAACGCGCAAGAAGAUCGCCAAGAUGGUCUUUGCGCUCGUGCUGCUCUUCACCUUCUCCUGGCUGCCACUCUACGCUGUGGACAUCUGGAUCGACUCCAACAUUCCCAGCUUUCCAGAUCGCGAUGAUGAGCUUAACAACGUCAAGCAUCACUGGAUUCUCCAGAGCAGACCCUUUGCGCAAUGGCUGGGGCUCACCAACUCAUCCCUCAAUCCUCUGUGCUACUGCUUUAUCGGAAACUUGUACAGAUCAGCCAAAAGAUUCAGAAGAAGCUACAGAAAGAAAAUAUCAUCUGUCUUCAGUCAGAUGAAUCAGUCAGUAAGCAGUUCUUCUGCGCGUAAUGCCCAGCAGCAGCAUUCCGGAUCAUCUCGGAGAUCUUGUUCCGAAAUAAGGAGAUGUAGGAGCUACACUAUUUUCAGACUGAACAAAAGUAAGAGUUUGUCUGCAACGACUGUGUGUGAAACAGUAUUUGACUGA